AAUGAAUGUUUGAAACUAUUUAUGAACUGCUUAAGCUGAGAACCAACACGCAUGCGCAAAACAAUUCUGUCCAUCACAGUUUGUCGUUAGAUUUGUUUGGGAGAACACUGAGUUCAUCACUUCAAAAAAAUGGAUUUCCAGCAUCGAGCUGGAGGGAAGACUGGAAGCGGAGGGGUGGCGUCUGCCUCUGAGAGUAACCGGGACAGGCGUGAACGGUUACGUCAGCUGGCUCUAGAGACCAUCGACAUCAACAAGGACCCCUAUUUUAUGAAGAAUCAUUUAGGUUCUUAUGAAUGCAAACUUUGUUUGACACUUCACAACAAUGAGGGCAGCUACUUGGCUCACACACAGGGAAAGAAGCAUCAGACCAAUUUAGCACGAAGAGCAGCCAAAGAGGCAAAAGAAGCUCCGGCUCAACCAGCUCCAGCAAAGGUUAAAGUUGAGGUCAAGAAGUUUGUCAAAAUUGGUCGACCAGGAUACAAAGUGACAAAACAGAGGGACCCAGAGACUGGUCAGCAGUCUUUACUUUUUCAGAUCGACUAUCCAGAGGUUGCUGAAGGAAUUGGACCCAGGCACCGUUUCAUGUCUGCUUAUGAGCAGCGUAUCGAGCCUCCUGACCGUCGCUGGCAGUACCUGCUGUUUGCUGCUGAACCAUAUGAAACUAUUUCCUUUAAGGUCCCCAGCAGGGAAAUUGAUAAAGCAGAAAACCGCUUCUGGACUCACUGGAACAGGGAAACUAAACAGUUUUUCCUGCAGUUCCACUUUAAAAUGGAGAAAGCCAUUUCUGGUGGUCCAGCUCCUCCUGGCAACUUAAAGCACCCCGCUUCACUUAUGAGUGGCCACCCAUCAAACGACGGUCUUCCACCUCCACCACCAGGAGGGAUGUCUGUUCCUCCUCUGCCACCCGGGGCACCAGGUCCCCCCCAAAUGCCCCCCCAAAUGCCCAUGCCCCCCAUGCCAAUGAGGCCACCUCCCCCAGAGGGCCUUAUGCAGUGAUAAUUUGCUGUUAGAAAUUGCAUUGGUGGUCAGUUGUUCUGCUCUGCCUGUUUUGUAUUUUUAGGAUGUUGGGGAUGUUCAGUAGAUUUUCAUAACUUUGUUUGCCUAAAAAUAAAAUUCUAAAGCUAAAUGUUAUGGAAACAUUAUCGUCCUCUUGUAAACUAAUAUCUGGACACAUUUUUAUUUCUUAUGUCCAUUUUUUAAAUUAAAAUACACAAAUACUGAAAA